GGCGCCCGCCGCGGCUGUGGCGGUUUGGUGACGACGGGUUGCCCCGCGGGCGCCGCCGGCCUACAGGGGGCGCUGAGUCCCGGAGCCCCGCGCGAUGCCCGCCGUCAGCCUGUUGCCGCUCUUCGGCAGCCCCGCCGGCCCGGGCGCCCUGGGCGGCCCUCUGGGCGGAGGUCCCUUGGGCGGGCCCGGAGGCAGGAAAGCCCCCGGCCCCAGCGGCGCGUUCCGCCUGACGGAGAAGUUCGUGCUGCUGCUGGUCUUCAGCGCCUUCAUCACGCUCUGCUUCGGGGCCAUCUUCUUCCUGCCGGACUCCCCCAAGCUGCUCAGCGGCGUCUUCUUCCACUCCAGCAGCAACCUCCAGCAGCAGCCGCCGCCGCCGCCCCCGGCGCACGGGGAACACCAGCGCCCGCCGCAGCCGCCCGGAGCCGGGAGUAGUAGCAGCGGCUAUGGGGCCGCCGCCGCUAUUGCAGAGGAAGCCGCGGAGAACUUGGCCAAGAUCCGCGAGGACCACGAGCGAGCUUUGCGGGAGGCGAAAGAAACCCUCCAGAAGCUGCCCGACGAGAUCCGCAGGGACAUCCACCAGGACAAGGCGAAGUUUCUGCUGCAGGACAAGUUGGGCAGGAGGGAGGCGGGGGCCGCCGGGCUGCCGGACUUGCCCUUCCGCAAACCCGUCGGGGCCGUGGGAGGGGAACCGACCGACCCCGCCAUCCGGAAGAAAAGGGAGAAGAUCAAAGAGAUGAUGAAACAUGCCUGGGAUAAUUAUAAACAUUACGCAUGGGGAUUAAAUGAACUGAAACCCAUAUCGAAACAAGGACACUCAAGCAAUUUAUUUGGUAAUAUUCAAGGAGCAACAAUUGUCGAUGCCUUGGAUACACUGUACAUCAUGGAAAUGAAAGAUGAAUUUAAAGAAGCUAAAGAAUGGGUAGAGAAAAAUCUAGAUUUCAAUGUGAAUGCAGAAGUUUCCGUUUUUGAAGUGAACAUUCGCUUUGUUGGUGGGCUGCUUUCAGCAUACUACCUUUCUGGAGAAGAGGUAUUUCGGAAGAAAGCAGUAGAACUAGGAGAGAAACUGCUUCCAGCCUUCAACACGCCAACAGGAAUUCCUUGGGCAUUGUUAAAUAUCAAAAGUGGCAUUGGUCGCAACUGGCCCUGGGCUUCAGGAGGAAGCAGUAUUUUGGCGGAAUUUGGAACUCUGCAUUUGGAAUUUAUGCAUCUAAGCCACUUAUCUGGAAAUCCAGUGUUUGCUGAAAAGGUUAUGAACAUUAGAAAAGUUUUAAAACGCUUGGAUAAGCCAGAAGGUCUUUAUCCUAAUUACCUAAAUCCGAGUAGUGGUCAAUGGGGUCAACAUCAUGUGUCAAUUGGAGGGCUUGGAGAUAGCUUUUAUGAAUAUUUGCUGAAGGCAUGGCUAAUGUCAGACAAGACAGAUGAAGAAGGCAUGCAGAUGUAUUAUGAUGCUGUUCAGUCUAUCGAAACCCAUCUGCUCCGAAAAUCUAGCACUGGUUUGAUGUACAUUGCUGAGUGGAAGGGUGGGCUGCUUGAACACAAAAUGGGCCACCUCACUUGCUUUGCUGGAGGAAUGUUCGUUCUGGGUGCAGAUGGAGCACCUGCUGAUAAAACUGGACGUCACAUUGAACUUGGUGCUGAAAUUGCCCGCACAUGUCACGAGUCUUAUGAUCGCACAAGCAUGAAGCUGGGACCAGAAGCCUUCAGGUUUGAUGGUGGAGUUGAGGCAAUUGCUACUAGACAGAAUGAAAAAUACUACAUCUUACGGCCUGAAGUUAUCGAAACCUACAUGUAUAUGUGGAGAUUCACUCAUGAUCCAAAGUACCGGCAGUGGGGCUGGGAAGCUGUAGAGGCAUUGGAAAAAUACUGCAGAGUAGAUGGCGGCUAUUCUGGUGUUAGGGAUGUUUACAGCAACCGUCAAACCCAUGAUGAUGUGCAGCAGAGUUUCUUCCUUUCAGAAACCCUCAAGUAUCUAUAUUUAUUAUUUUCUGAAGAUGAUCUUCUACCGUUUGAACAUUGGGUCUUUAACACUGAGGCACACCCUCUACCAGUUCUGAAAAAAGAAGAGGAGGAAAAAAGAAAAAGCCAAUAAAAUAAUGCUGAAUUCUGUUUGGGGCACACAACGUAGUAAUUAAAAUUCCAUCAUUUUUUAGUUUUGAACCAAUUUUUUGCAGUCUGGUGUCUACCCGUACAAUAUUUAACAAGGGACCUAAAGUAAUUAAUUAUAAUUAAACGUAUUUAUCUUUUGACAGGAAUUGUAACUUGUCAUCUCUAGAUUUUGUUAGGCUGCAGUAUGCAUCUGGCCAAAUAGAAUACAGAGGUCAGCAUGUUACUUGUUUUCCAUUUUGUUUUUGACUGCAAAAUCCUUUCCUCCUCUGUGAGGAGAUGUCUGCUUUAAGCUGUAAUACUUUGCUGUGUUGCAAAAAGCCAUAAAGAAUUAAGUAUGAAGA